AUGUCCUCCAACCCUCCUCCCACGACCACCACCCCGCCGGUCACCCGGAAAGCCAACUCCUUUCUUUCCAAGUUUCGCUCCCCCCUUGGGUCACGUAAUCGAAGUGUCGCAGACUUCUAUAUCGACCCCGAUGACCCGUGGCGCUCAUACUUUCCGGGCGACACCAUCAAAGGCACCGUUAUUGUAACCGUGCUGCGGCCAGUGCGCAUUACACAUAUUGUAAUAUGUCUCCAUGGCUACGUCAAGGUAUUCAAGAAUGCGGUGCCGGCGGGGGAGUCCAACUCAGACAUCGGGUUCAUUGGCCCAGGGCGUGGCCGACGAGGCGCAGAAUACAUGGGCAACGGAUUGGCUACCUUGUUCGAGGAUGAAGUGGUUCUCUGUGGUGAAGGCCGCCUCAAGGAGGGCAUUUACAAAUUCCGCUUUGAGAUGACACUUCCCCCAUACGCGUUGCCCAGUAGCAUUAAUUUUGAAAGAGGCACUGUUGCCUAUGCGCUCACUUCCACUCUUACCCGACCGACGACCAUGAAUCCUACACUUACCUGUCGAAGGCGAGUGAACGUGCUCGAAAAUAUCGACAUUGCCCCAUUCCCCGCCCCGAAAGCCCGCAUCGUCACCCUGGAACCGGUCUCAAAGCGAUCGAGAUCCAAAGCAAAAGGCAAAGCCCCCAGCCCCGAAAAUACAACAGCUCCCGACACCUCCUCCAUAGAUACCCCUGUCAGCGCCACAGCUGGCUCCGACCACAGACCACCGCUCAGUCCCUCUCCAAGCAAUGUCAGCUCCUCCAGCCGACCUAGCAACAGCAGCCAGAGCUUUCAGAUCGCAAGCGAUCCAAGCUCAUCCACAAGCACCGGGGGACGAAAUAGCGAAGCACGCAGUGCGACCCCUUCCGUCACGGACAAGACUAUAACCGCCAAGGCGGAAGUUCUGCGCGCAGGCGUGCUUCCGGGGGACACAUUACCCAUAAAAGUAACUAUAAACCAUUGCAAACAGGUGCGCAGCGCGCAUGGUAUCAUUAUUACUCUAUAUCGGCAGGGCCGCAUCGAUAUUCACCCAUCAAUCCCAAUCGGAAACAACGCAAAUGGGAAGAAACCAAUAUACGAAGACUGCUAUCCACGUUCUCGCACUGGACUUGGGGGACUGACCCUCGGAACCACUCGCAACAGCAGCACUUUCCGCAAAGACCUAUCUCAAUCCUUUGCGCCAUUGAUUGUAGAUCCUACAAACUUGACCGCAAUUGUCAAAACAUCCAUUCGAGUUCCCGAAGACGCAUUUCCUACCAUUACCCGUGUGCCCGGUGCCAUGAUCAACUUUCGGUAUUACGUGGAGAUCGUGGUAGAUCUGCGUGGCAAAAUCACAUCACCCGAUCGCUUCAUCCCACGCUUCAAUAUGGUUUCAGGCGGGAGCACAUUCUCACCUAGUGGUCAGAUUUUAAAUCCUGCCGAUGCCAAUGGCAACGCUAUCACGGCCAACUGGGCGGGCAACAUUCUCGAUACAGAUCGAGUCCGUCGAGAGAAAGGCGUCAUUUCAGUCGCCUUUGAAGUCGUUGUUGGAACUAGGGAUUCCAAGCGCGGCCAGAUCCCAAUUGAACGCACAUUGUCCACUGCUGAAGAAUCGACCAUGUCGCAAGCUCCUCAAACAUCCUCGAAUCAUGUUAAUAAUGGAGAUGUAGAGGAGUGGCCCGAGGGAAGCCCAGGAGAGUAUGAUCAAGAGGACCCCAUGUUUUUCGAAGAAGCCUGGGCGGAGUAUCCUGAGGACUACUCACAGCAACUCCCACCCCCGGGUCCUAUGGCUGCACAUCCUGAAGUUGAAGAACCCGUUGAUGAAAAGACUCGAGUCCGACGCCACGAGGAAGGACUCCUUCCAAGUCAACCGCCGGAUGAGGAUGAAGCAGGGCCUUCUGCUGAAAUGUCGGUACCAACUGCUCCAGUCUUGCCGGAGGAUCAUCACCUGCAGGACUAUUACCAUGUGUCGGGCGAAGAUGCAAUGUCUCAUGUUCAGUCUGCAGAAUCACUGCAGACUGUAGUUGUGAAUGGCAAUGCUCCCGAGCCCAGUGGACCUUCUGCCCCGGGUGAUGACAAGCAAGAGCUUGAACGCCAGCGUUUAAUGCAGCAGGUCAGCGCUCCCAGUGCACCGCCUCUCGAAGAAAGCAACGGUGAAGGGCCCAGUGCCCCAGUCUUUGAUGAAGACGAUCAACUCGUGGGUGGCACAGCGCAUGCAGACGAGUCGCUACCUCGAUACCAGCGUUAA